AGCCGUUUGUUCGUCUCUCCCAGACACGUUCUGCAGACCUGCCUUCUACGAGACUCGUCACAGUGAUCUCUGUUAUAAGCGGCACAAAACAUGUGUGGGGGUGCUAUCAUUUCCGAUUACGUAGAUAUAAAGCCGGUUAGCCGGAAUCUCACCGCUCACGAUCUCUGGUCGGAGCUCGACCCCAUCUCCGACCUCUUUGGCUAUGAUUCAAUUACCAAAGAUUUCGCUAACCAGUUUGCUCACAGGUUGCCUCAAAAGACCAAGCAGAUUCGCAAAGUGAGGCGUGAUAAGGCUCAGAAAACAAGCCAACUUGCAGAAAAGGAAAGUAAGUGUCAGAGAACUCGGAAGAACGUGUACAGAGGAAUCAGGCAGAGGCCAUGGGGCAAAUGGGCGGCCGAAAUUAGAGACCCACACAAAGGCGUCCGAGUCUGGCUCGGUACCUACAACACCGCCGAAGAGGCGGCCCGUGCUUACGACGAAGCCGCCAAGCGAAUCCGAGGCGACAAAGCCAAGCUCAACUUUGCCAAGCUACACCAACCCGCUCCGGCUCCACCAGUUGCGCCGCCGCCAGCUAAGAAGAGGUGCGUCGUUCGUGAGUCGACACAGACUACUUUGCUGAAUACGGAGCCGCCGCCUCCGCCGCCUCUGCCAACACCACCACCGGCUUAUAUGGGAUACCCAUAUCAGAAGGAGAUUUGUUGCAAGAGCGAGGGGGCGAAUGAGUUUGAGCUGAAAGAGCAAUUCUCGAGCUUGGAAUCGUUCUUGGGAUUGGAGCCAGAGCAGCCGAGUCUGGAGAGUGGACGCGGUGAGUUCGACGCGGUGGACCUUUGGCUACUGGAUGACCUAGUAACGCAUCACCAGCAACAACGUCAGCUCGUGUAUUAGGGCCUUAACAAAAACAGAUGAUAAACGGAGAGUUAUGUCUGUGAGUCUGUAAUCUUUUUGUGCUAGGGUUUAAAUUUGAAUGGCUACGCGGCCUACGGCUGCCAUAUGUACGUGUUUUAUGCUCUUAUGUUUGUCACAACUCUCUCCAUCGGUGCCGUAAAUACCAUAAAUAAAUCGUAGCGUGUGUUUGCAAUGUCAU